AGCAGUAGUGGAGCUCCUGGGUCUCUCCCCGUCUUUGCGCCGAGCUCUUCUAGCAAAGUUGGCAUACAUCGUUUAGCUGUGUGGACUUCUGAACGAAAAUGGCGAGAACCCUACAUCUACUGCGUUUUGUUCUUGCCUGGUGCCUCGUGGCGCUUGCCCUGUCCGGCGGCGGCACCGACGCGGCGGGAGAGAAGAGGAAGAUGGUCGGGGUCUAUGAACUCAAGAAGGGGGAUUUCUCCAUCAAGGUCACUAACUGGGGGGCUACUCUCAUGUCCGUCAUCCUUCCCGACUCCAGAGGCAACUUGGCGGAUGUUGUCCUGGGCUAUGAUACCGUUGCUGAAUAUGUUAACGGCAGUGCCUACUUCGGAGGGCUGAUCGGCCGCGUGGCCAACCGGAUCGCCGACGCCCGGUUCACCCUGGACGGGAAAGCCCACCGAUUGUUCCCCAACGAUGGCAACAACACGCUCCACGGUGGCCACCGGGGAUUCAGCAAGGUCGUAUGGACGGUGAAGGAGCACGUCGACGGUGGCGACUACCCGUUCAUCACUCUGUUCUAUCGUAGCUUCGACGGAGAGCAAGGGUUUCCCGGCGACCUGGACGUGUACGUGACGUACGAGAUCUCAGGCCCGCACGCGCUGAGCGUGCGCAUGAACGCGACGGCGCUGAGCAAGGCCACCCCGGUGAACCUGGCGCACCACGCCUACUGGAACCUCGGCGGCCACGGCAGCGGCGCAAAAAGCAUCCUGGGCGAGGAGCUUCGCCUCUUCGCCUCCCGGUACACGCCCGCGGACGCCGCCACGCUCAUCCCGACGGGGGCGCUCGCGCCCGUGGCCGGCACGCCCUACGACUUCCGCCGCCCGGCCUCCGUGGGCUCGCGCAUGGCCGCGCUCCUCCGCCGGUACCACGGCGGCAGCGUCGCGGGGUUCGACACCAACUACGCGGUCGACGGCGCGGCCAGUGAGCUCGGCGGGAUGCGGCGGGUGGCGGUCGUCCGGGACGGCGCGUCGGGGAGGGCGAUGGAGCUGUGGGCGGACCAGCCCGGGGUGCAGUUCUACACGGGCAACGGGCUGAGCGGGGUCAGGGGCAAGGGCGGCCAGGUGUACGCGCGGUACGGCGCGCUGUGCCUGGAGACGCAGGGGUUCCCGGACGCCGUGAACCAUCCCAACUUCCCGUCGCAGAUCGUCAGGCCAGGGCAGGUGUACAGUCACCACAUGCUGUUCAAGUUCUCCUUCUAGUUCUCUGUAGCUAGCUAGUACGUAGCCAAGAAAAGUCGUCGUUGACCAUGCAGCUGGAUUGCCGUCGACACAGAUAACCUGUGAACCGGGCUUGGAUGGCUAGAUCGACCUCGAGCCAUCGAUAACGGAUAAUAAGUUCGAGCAAUGAUCAUGUACCAGUACCGUCUCCGUUCCCAAAUAUAAAAAGUUUUUAACUUUUACAGUUUCGUUAGUGUAGGUAUUUUUGUAAAAAAAAUCAGUCGAUUUUGGAGCCAUUAGAUCCAUUGAACAGUGGGAGAUUUGUGCGUGCGUGACCCACUAUUUCUGUCUGUCUCUGAGAGAAUCGCUGAAGCAUCGGGGCCAGUGCUGUUGUA